GUACCUCUUUUGAAAUUGGCAGGGGGACACCAGGGCACAUCAAACCACGAGGGGUGGCUUCGAACUGGAGAAGUGGCCUUGGAUGGUUUGAUAGAGCGCGGCAUAUCUGAUAGCAUCCAAGAGAAGAAUUAAUAUAGCGUGUACCUCCCAAAAUUAUGAAACUGAAGUUGUGAUCUGGUUAGUGACAUAUUACGAGUGAAAAAAUGAAGUCUGCUUGUAGGAAAGCUGUGUUGUUUUCACUGCUCUGCGUGGUUCUAUUUGGGUAUGCUACAGCCGAGUCUGAAGAAGAGGUUUCACGGAAGUUGAUAUCUGCUCCGCACAAGAAUGUGAGAACUAAUGUUAUUGAUGGCACUGGUAAUGAGAAUACCUUAGGUUUUGAGGAUAUAAAUAACGGGAUCGGUGAGACAAAGGGCGGGAACAGCAAAGUCUCAAUCUCCACUGUUGCAUUAUUUACGCUGGCAAUGGCUGCUGCCACUGGUUUAGGUGCAGUGCCAUUCUUCUUUGUGGAGCUUGAUCCACAAUGGGCUGGACUCUGCAAUGGAAUGGCUGCUGGUGUAAUUUUGGCUGCAAGCUUUGAUCUUAUACAGGAAGGGCAAGGUCAUGGAGCAGGGAAUUGGGUGGUCUUUGGGAUUCUAGCUGGGGGAAUUUUUAUUUUGCUUUGCAAGAAGUUUCUCGAACAAUAUGGAGAGGUUAGUAUGUUGGACAUUAAAGGUGCAGAUGCAACUAAAGUAGUUCUUGUGAUUGGAAUAAUGACUCUUCAUUCAUUUGGGGAGGGCUCUGGUGUUGGGGUUUCCUUUGCUGGUUCAAAGGGUUUCUCUCAGGGCCUUUUGGUAACUUUUGGCUAUUGCUGUUCACAAUAUACCAGAAGGAUUAGCUGUAAGGAUUAUAUGAUCAACAUGAGAAGCUUCGUUUGAUAUCCUUUAGAAAAAUAGAAAAUAUAUGCUUUUUUUCUUUCUCUCUUUUGGACUGAAAAAGAAAAUGACAGCUCUCAUUUGACAAUUCCAAUUUCCAGAUGUUCUUCAAAGUACAAAAGCAUCUACCUCACCAAAAC